CAUGUACCCGGGAUGCGUAAGGGGUAGUGGCGUCAUAUGCGUAAGCAGCCACAUGCUUACAGGGGAUUAAGUUAGUCGGCGAACAGAGCGCUGCCGCAAAGAGGGGUUCAGAUUAUUGUGUAACCCAGCAGUUGAGAAUCAGACUCAAAUAUGACCUGUCACUCGAUAAGGGCAUGACAGAAUGCUCAGGUCGGGCUUGCACCUCCGUUUUAGGGAAAUCUGGGAGGAGUUGCAAUAGCAAUGACACAAUUGUACAUCAUAACGCUUGCAUACCAUUUGUGUAACAUUGGAGAUUUGGUAGGGUCGGUAGCUUGAUGACAUGCCAGUCUUGCGAUGUUACCAAGUGACUUCGCCGCAUUCUCGCUUACCCUGAUUACUUAUAAAUACUCAGGGUAGUUUGUGUAGGUCUAAUUGUUCCAUCAGGAUGAGAAUUAAUCAUCAGUACGAGAUUAAUCAACACUAACAGUCAAUCAAGCCAGAAUGAACGGUUAUCAAUAGUAAAAGAAUUAUUGUAAGGCAUAAGAGGAAAGGUUAUCCGGAGCUACUCAAAUGUGUUGUAAACCGGUACACACAGUCCCUCAUGGGAUUAAUUGCAUGGCAAAUGGCGAAGCUCGGUGAUUUAUUCUGGCAGCUAUACCUUGUCACAGACUCAGCUGCGAUAAGUUCAAGGCUAGUCCUCUUAAACAGAUCAAUGUCAGGAAUCGGGGAUGUGGCGUGCUGUGCCGUUAAAAAGCAACGACGAACAAGAGAUAGGCAGCAUCAUGCGCACCUUAGAUGGAUUGGAAGUGUGGCGAUCGGCGAUUGAGAACCCUCAUAAGCGAAGAACAGUUGGUAGGUAUGCAAUAGGUUGUAGAUGGCUGAGUGAAUCUUACUUUACCUUGCCAAGACCUCAGAGCCUGAAAAUUGACAUUUGGUGUAUGGCGAUUUCCGAUGAACAGGAGGGCAUUCCGAGAGCUUGGCAUCAUUCCAGUAUGACGCGUCAUUACGGCCAGUUUUAGGCCUCAGCCCAAUUGUGACAUGGGCUGGUCUAGUCCUUUUCACAACCGAAUCCUAUUUGUUGAUGCGGGGAGACGGAGACAGCCACAGGGCCCGGCUCCCCGACAACAUCAUGUUGUUGAGAUACGGUCCCAUUGGCAUAUUGACCCUGCUGGAGGAAACCGAAACGUAUGAUCGGUUGGCAAGUUCCGGAAUCAGUCGACACGGCAUACGAUACACCACUAUCUCGGUAAAGGGCUGGGCUGGGCUGGGCUGGGCUAUCGAGCUUGGAUAUUUUGAUGUCCGCGGGGCAGUCACGGCAUGCCACGACAACCAGAUUUAUUUAUUAACCAGGUAAUACCGGUUGUUUUCGACAUUAAAAUCAAUAGCAGACUAAUCUGCCUCGGAACAGAUUGUGCAAAUCCUUUACUCAACUCAACCAUCAAUUUGCCAACUACCCACUGCAGUCUCUGAUGGCCGCCUUGGAGAUUAGAAGUACCUCCUACACUCUUCCACAAAGCCUUGAUUACCAUCAACCCCGCGUAGGUUAUCUCUUACAUAUUUGUACCAUGUUCUCACCCCCUGGUCUACCCGACACUGUUCCACUUUAGCUCUCCAUCAUACCACCCUUGUCGACCAACAACAUGAACUACAGACUGGCUCAGACUCAUCAGAUGCCUCUUGAACUUGCAUCCGAGCAAGCUACUGCUCCAAACCUCCCCUGGGACGUGGAUGAGUACUUAUCUUCCGAGUAUUUCUCCAACACGUCCAGCUCACCCGAGCUUGCUGAUUAUGUGCAAGCUGGUUACCCCUUCAACUACGUACCGAGCUCUGAUGCAGCACCCAGCCACGACGCCGACAUGAAAUCCCCGACCAACAGAACGAACGAAUGUUCUACUACAACAAUACAACAGAACCAGUUGUCAACACAAAUGGUUCAGGCCCCAUUGGUGUCCGAGGUUCAACUCCGAGAGGCAUCACGCAAGCCCAAAAGCCGCAAAUACCAGGUGCCUUCAAACACGACAGCACACAUCCGAGAAUGCCAUCACUUUGCCGAGAAGCAGUACCGCACUCGGCUGAAGUCGCAGUUCGAGAGUCUUCUAGCGGUGCUGCCAGCGUCAAGAACACGCACCCUAGCUGAUAGAGACAGCAUGCCAAGCUCAGGGCAGGUCUUGAGCAGGGGCCAAGUACUAGAUCUUGCGCGAGGGCGUAUUCUGGAGCUGGAAGAAGAGAUUGAAAUCUUGAUAAGUGCCACGUCUAAUGGCUAUAUUCAGGCAGGUGAUAACCACAGCUUCGACGGACCCAUGACUGUAUCACUUCCCCAUCCAAUUCUUUAGCGGGCAGAGUUGUGAAAAAAAACUGAAACAGCCUUUAACUCCUAUACUCUAUACACAGUUACUUAACUAUAACUGGAAGUCUAUUCUUAAACUAUUUAACCUAGAGUCACUGUUUUUUCAACUACACAACCUGCCUCCCAGAAAUCCUUGAGUACAUAACCACAAGCAGCCCUAUAUGCAACCCCAUUAUCUGCAUUUAAGACCCAGAGAACGUUGAAAAACUCAUAUACCAUUCCAUCUUGAUAAUCUCCUGCUGAACACUGAAUCUGAUUCUCGUAUUACUACUGCAACGACUCGAUGGUUUUCUUAAUUCAGAAGAUUGAUCCUCUGAAACAUCAAUCCAUCGCUCGUAUUGAUCAUAGAUGGCAUGAAAUAGCCUCCCGUCAUGAUAUCUGCUUCUUCGGAGUACCCUGUCCUCAAAUGUAUCUUUCAGAUCUCUUCCAGUUGCACUUCCUGCUGAUAUUGCAAUAAGUUCCAAAAUUUGUCCCCGCCCACAAAUCGAGUCUCCCGUGGGUCGAAGCAACCCUGAGAAUCUGCCUAUCCGGUCCUGGAGAACAAUCACUGUUGGCAUAUUGUUGAGAGGUCUCUUUGUUAGAACAAGGUUGACAGAGUUGCACAUAAAUCCUCCUCUUGCAUCAGAGAACGGUUCAAACCGAAUUCCUAACGUAGCUGCUGAGAUAAACGUACAGCCUUGGCCCGGGUUGAGAUGUAGUUCCCUGCAGUUGAUGCAGAUCUAUGCAAGGAAGAGGUCUUUAUUGUUUGACAUCCGGCAGUAUUCACAGGAGUUUUUAUCAUAUCCCAUGUAACAAGAUUUCGUAUUUUCCAAGAACUAUCGGUAUUUUGCUGCCUCGAGCUUGGACUGAUAGCUGAGCCUGCUCGGAACCUCUUCGGGUCAAAGAAACACACCAUGCCCAAGAUGGAAGUGAAGUUCUUCGAGUUGAAGAGCUUCUUCUUGCCGCACAACCGUCGGAUAUCUUUAUGUCGUACAAAUAUGCGGAGUCGACAUCGUCGAAUGGUCCUCUCAAAGGGUGCCAGAGUAGGGCGUAAUCCAGAUAGUGUCUUGGCAGACCAAAAAUGAAUCCGCCAGGAAAUCCUGGGACCAGGCGGUUUAGAAUACCCAAGCAUGCCGUGAGGCCAUCCCCCUGAAACGAUAGCUCCCGUCCGUUAUAUGGAGAAACCAGGUCAGUGCAGAUGCCAAAGUCAGGCGAGUUUAAUGUGUCAAGCCGUCGGAGAAGUGACGAAUUUGAUGUUAUGUUACUGUUGGUGGCUUCGUCGUUCUUAUUUGGUCUAAGGGAGGCUGUAUCCCAAACUGCGCACUCGCAUUGCCAAAACACCGAGUUUUUGAGAAAGAAAACCGCACGUUUGCUAAUAAUGUACUCCUUGUACGUCCACUCUCUAUUAGACCAUCUCGACAGGACUGAUUCUUGGUGGUAACGAAUGAUACGUGCGUCGUGACUCAUCUAGUACUUAUGAGAGGUUUUGUUCACGGAUCGCUUCGAACUUUUGCCAUAGUUCCUGAACAGUCCACCCUCCGCAGCAGCGACUAUUGUCACAUAAGCACCGGAGUAGAUCUCGUCCAUGCGCAUACACUCAAACUGUUUCUGCGGCCCGUCUUGGACUAUACAUAGCCUACCAACCCACAGAUACCGCUCUCCAAUGUUGCCUGUCAGUUCGAUAGCGUGUUGGAUAACAGCAGGUAGUUGCGAUGUGUUUCGCUUCAGUGCAUUAGGUGCCAGCAUCGAACUCAUGUUGCUGGUAAGGAGUUUUAGCUGAUUCAUGCGGUCAAUUCCAUUCGCACUGUCAUGCCAAGUAUAACUAAGAGCGAUAUAUCUGUUCUGAUGAUUUCCUUGGAAUAAACGUCCCUCCUUGACGUCAAUCAGCCAAGUAGGGCCCUUCGGUUGGUCUGAGCCUGGCACAUGCUGGCACAGGUAGUGGUAUGGUAUUUAUCGCAGGUGAAGGGCCAUUCUCUUAAUGGUCUAAUGAUAUAGGGCCGUACGUCCAUGUCAAAAUGAAGAUUGAUUAUGAGCUUUGAUUUAAGUUAACGAGUAAGAAGUGAGAAUAGAAAUAAGGACGGUGUCUAUAAGGCAUUUUCUACGUCUCUUACCUGGGUCUUGAGGCAAUGGUUUGCGGGUAUCAUAAUGACAGUGGGAAACCACGUUAACCAAAGGAGGGGUUGACACGUAAUUAUUGGUAACAAGUUUUGAAAUGUCUGCACAGGUAGGAGGGAUACAAAAU